AAAAACAAUGCUUUAUAAACCAAACAAAGGCUAACGUGUCAAGCCUUUAUUACCUGAAAAAAUACUACUUUCUAUUUUUCUUCUUAAAGAAAACACAAAUCAGAAAAUUUCCAUUUACUCCGGCGAUUCUCUUCUCAUUAGAUCCUCUCUCUCUCUCUCUCAAAAAGAGAAAAUCUCAGAGCCAGAAGAAGACAAAUAUAUCUUUUCUAUUCCUCAGAUCUCUGAAAUCGAAGUUUCUCGAACUGUUUUGUUUUGUUUUUUUUCCGAUGAGGUGUAAGAGACACACAGUAGAUUUCAGUAGCAGUAUCGGCGUUUGUGCUUCUUGUCUCCGUGAACGACUCUUUACUCUCGCCGUUUCAACCGCCGCGUCUGAAAACGACGAUAACGAUCAUCGUCAUUCUCGUAUUUCUCCACCUCCUCUGCUUUUUCCUCGUUCUGUUUCUCCUUACGUUGCUCCUAGAAAAUCCGACGCCGGAACCGGAACCGGAGCUGGAGGAAGAGACUCCGUAGCUUCUUCUAAUAACCGAUUCUUCGCAACGCCGCAAGUGGUUGUUCAAUCAUCGUCAUCGGAAAAAGUCUUCGAAUCAGACAGAUCGUUUAAGAAGAAAAAAAGCGGUUUAUCUAGAUUCUCUAGCUUCUUCAGAACGAGAUCUGACGAUUACGAUUCGCGUCGCGAUUCAUGCGACGCCUCCACGGUUUUUUCUCAACCGUCGUCGGCGACGACUUCACGGUCAUGGUUUUCGAAGGUUAUAUCAGUUCGAUCGAAGAAACAAUCAACCACCAAUACUUGCUACAUCGAAGAUUUGAUCGCUUCCGAAUCCGAUCAUCAUCAUCAUAAUCAAAAUCGACCUAGACAGAGAUAUUGUAGAGGAAUGUCGCCGGCGGGAGAUUCAACGACGAACGAUGAAUCAGUUGAGGAAUCUCCAGGGAGAUUAAGAAGAACGCCGGUGAUGGGAACUCCGGGAAGGAAAAAGACGGCGACGAUUGGGAUUGGUAGAAGUGUAUCAGGGAUGGCUUUUUGCUUAAGUCCAUUAGUGAGAGCUAAACCUAACUGUUCUUCUAACUGGAAAGCGAAAUUUCCGCCGGAUUUUGGAUAUUCCGGUGAAUUGAAAUCUCCGGCGAAGCCUCACCUAUCAACGGCGGCGUCUUUUUGCGGUAACCGGUCUAAGAAGCUUGUGGAUUUAGGUAGAGUUGAUCACCGCCGUUGAUUUUUUUGGUUGAGGUCAAAAUCUGACCGUUCUUUGUGAAAUUACCUAAAAUACCCUUCACAAGAUUCAUAUGGUGUGGCUUUACUAUACCAACAGAUAAAGAGUGAAUUUACUUUUUUUUUGGUUAUUCAUUACAGUAUAUUAUAAUGUUUUGUGAUUGUAUAUUAAAGGAAGAAAUAUUCGUUUUUAUAUUUAGGAGAUUAGAAGAGAACAAUGUCGUGUGUUUUCUUUUUCUUUGGAUAGUCUAAUGUGUAUCUCUUUUUUUCUUAUGAGAAUUUUUGGGUGUACACAUCAAAAAAUGACAGAUAGUAGAAGAAGUAAACCUAUGACUAGUUCAUGUCAGAAUUGUAAUACAUUGCUAUUAUUUUUGAAGUUUUCAAAUCU